AUGGCGGUGUCUGAGAUCGGCCUCGUCGGCCUGGCGGUGAUGGGCCAGAACCUGUCCCUCAACAUAGCUGAGAAGGGGUUCCCCAUCAGCGUAUACAACCGCAGCUACGACAAGACUGAGGCGGCAGUGGCGCGCGCCCAGAAAGAGGGCCUGGGUGAGAAGCUCUCCGGCUACAAGGAUGUGAAAGACUUUGUGGCCUCGCUGCAGAAGCCCAGGUGCGUGUCCCCGCGUGACGGGGGGGGGGCCAUCUCGCGGCCCCUGCGCUAG